CACUUCGCUUACGCCCAUCGCCCAACCACCGCGACAGCCGCCAGCACCGAUCUGAUUCUGACCAGCACGCGCGCGCGCCGAGGAAAGGGAUCAGCAAAGAUGGGCUGCUGCUGCUGCGGCGGAGGCGACGGCGACCGCGACCGCGGCUGCAGGCCGCUGGGGUUCCUGCUGGGCCUGCCCUUCGCGCUCGUCGCCGUCCUCGUCUCCAUCGUCGGCGCCAUCAUCUGGAUCAUCGGGCUGCCCAUCUCCUGCAUCUGCCCCUGCUGCCUCUGCGUCACGCUGCUGCUGGAGGCGGCGGUGGAGCUCGUCAAGGCGCCGCUCCACGUCAUGACAUGGUUCACCUCCAAGAUACCCUGCUGAUUCGUUUCAUCGCCUCCUCCUCCUCCUCUCAUCUCCGAUCGCUCGCUCCGUCGCCUCGCCCAUGGCUUAGUUAAUUAUGUGUUGCACAUGUCCGUAGUUUGUUUAUUCUGUUAUUUGGAUCGAAAACUAUGUUGACAGAUCGACUGGCCGUAUAUUCGUAACAUGCUCUGAUAUCGUGA